CUCCCUCCCUCCCUCGGCGGCUGCGGAGGCGUCUGAACGCGGCGGAAUCUUCCCCCUGUCUCAUCGCCGGGAGGAGGAGCCGCCGCUUGCGGGGACGGGGGACACAAGCACAAAUCCAUAUGGAGGAUGAAUCUCCUCCUUCCCAAGGAGUCAGUACCAAGGCACUUCAGCCCCGUCUACUGAAUGCAGAAGAUCUGACUGAGCAGGACCAAUUCGACUGAUGGAACCACAGGUGUUAACUAACCAGAAAAUGCAAAUAUUCUUAGGAAGUUCUCAAAGAUUCAACAAUUGUUGAAACACAAAUGUGUAUAUUUUUUCCAAGGUCCUGGAGGCAACAUUAUUGUCAGCCCUGAAGAUGUUAGAUGUUGGGAAAUGGCCAAUUUUUUCUCUCUGUUCCCAAGAAGAGCUCAAGUUAAUUCGUCAAGCCUGUGUAUUUGGCAGUGCUGGUAAUGAAGUGCUCUAUGCUACUGAAAAUGAUGAGGUUUUUGUGCUUGGCAUGAACUGCAGUGGGUGUUUAGGAACUGGUGACAUGCAGAGCACCAUUGAACCAAGGAGGUUAGAUUCUCUGUGUGGCAAAAAGAUUGCCUGCCUGAGUUAUGGAAGUGGCCCUCAUGUUGUUCUUGCUACAGAAGAAGGAGAAGUGUAUACAUGGGGUCAUAAUGCUUAUAGUCAGUUGGGCAAUGGUACAACAAAUCACGGUUUCAUUCCCUGUCAAGUCUCUACUAACUUGGUGAACAAGAAAGUCAUUGAAGUUGCCUGUGGUUCUCAUCAUUCUAUGGUGUUAACAUCUGAUGGAGAGGUAUACACAUGGGGUUAUAAUAACUCUGGACAAGUUGGAUCUGGUUCAACAGCUAAUCAGCCAAUUCCUCGAAGAGUUACCAGCUGCCUACAAAAUAAAAUAGUAGUUAAUAUAGCUUGUGGACAGAUGUGCUCCAUGGCUGUAGUGGAAAAUGGAGAGGUCUACGUCUGGGGUUACAAUGGCAAUGGUCAGCUGGGACUGGGCAGCAGUGGCAACCAACCAACCCCGUGCCGAAUAGCUGCUCUGCAGGGCAUUCGUGUGCAGAGGGUUGCCUGUGGCUAUGCACAUACCUUAGUGCUAACAGAUGAAGGUCAGAUUUAUGCCUGGGGAGCCAAUUCAUAUGGCCAGUUAGGUACUGGUAAUAAAAGUAACCAGUCUUACCCUACAACAGUUAUUGUGGAUAAGGACAGAGUUAUAGAGAUUGCAGCCUGCCACUCUGCUCACACCUCGGCUGCCAAGACCCAGAGUGGGCAGGUGUACAUGUGGGGCCAGUGCCGUGGGCAGUCAGUGAUCCUUCCCCACCUCACUCACUUUGCCUGCACUGAUGAUGUCUUUGCUUGCUUUGCUACCCCUGCUGUUAUGUGGCGCCUUCUGUCAGUAGAGCCUGAUGACCAUCUAACAGUAGCCCAGUCACUAAAGAAGGAAUUUGACAACCCUGAAACUGCAGACCUGAAGUUUCUAGUGGAUGGAAAAUACAUUCAUGUUCAUAAAGUUCUUCUCAAAAUUAGGUGUGAACAUUUUCGUUCCAUACUAAGCAACGAUGAUGAAAUUAUAGAAAUGAGUGAAUUUUCUUAUCCCGUUUACCGAGCCUUCCUGGAAUACCUCUACACAGACAACAUAAGGCUCCCUCCUGAAGAUGCAAUAGGACUGCUAGAUUUGGCAACACUGUAUGGAGAAAACAGGUUGAAAAAGCUUUGCCAGCAAACAAUCAAACAAGGCAUUUGUGAAGAGAAUGCCAUUGCUCUUCUUUCUGCUGCUGUCAAAUAUGAAGCUCAGGACUUGGAAGAAUUUUGCUUCAGAUUUUGCAUAAACCAUUUGACUGUUGUUACACAAACUCAAGGGUUUGCAGAAAUGGACCAUGACCUCCUGAAAAACUUCAUCAGCAAAGCAAGCAGAGUGGGAGCAUUCCGAAAUUGAAGUCUGACUGAAGAGCACAUCUUCUUCCUUGCUGAAAACACUUCUCCUUUGGAGAACUUACCCACGGUCAGAAUGUCCAAAGGUUAGGAAAGAAAGACUCAGUGUUGAUCAGCUUUGGAAACGUGUAGAAGUACACUAACACCCAGGGUUUUGUAAAGAUGGAUGCAGUGUAGAUGUCUGGUGAGAGUUCAUUGCCAACAGUUGGAGUUUAACAGCAAAACACUAAUGCAGUAACUACUCUUUCCCACUUAAAAUCAGACAAGGCUCUCAUAAUUUUAUCUGUCUGUUUGGAGAUUGUUCUUUUUUUUAUAAACAACCCGCAUUUGGAUUUUGUGGGACAGUGACCCAGUGCUAAAACUUUCACAGUUUACCUUUAGCACCAAAUUAAGUUAAUGUGCCAUCCUGGGUUUCUUUGUUCCUGGUUUAUCAUUCAGUGAAAAUAGGAACUUGUUUUUCUGAACAUGUGAUGAAGUCAUGAAUUCUCUAGGAUGAGAAGCUUUCUGGUUGGAGAUGUCUCACAUGGUGUUUAUCUGGAGUGUCAGUACAUAAAGCCCUAAAGAGCUUCAGGUGGAUAUUACAGUUUUGAGUUCCUGGCACUUUUAUCCAUUGUUGUAGACAGAAUGGGGGAAAAAAACCACAAAAAACCUUUCCACUACACCAAGCACAUUCCCUGGCACCCCAGUGGGCCAGGAAGCAUUUGCAGUAUUUGUCUGGACAUGAAUUAAUGUUCUGGUUUAGUACUCAGAAAACCAUCUGGUUGGUUGUUACCAAGAAAAAGAAACCCAAACAAAAUCUCAAGGAAGUUGUACUUGAAGAUUGUUUAUUCUCAUCCUACAGUCUAUCCCCAGAUAGGUCACCCAUCUCAAGAAAAAUGGUGAAAAAGAUAAUUUUGAAGUAGGCCUUCUGUGUGCCUUUUGUAUUAUUUUACAACUGGAGAAGGCAAGAAGCUGGAUAACCAGGCACUAUGCCAGCUCAUGUCACCUUCCUUUAGAUCCUUGCUGGGACACAGAAUCUUUCAAUGACUUUUUCUAAUCCUCACAUGUGGUUUCUAAGAACCUAAUUCCCUUAAAUGAUAACAGCCUCAUUUCCUCAUUUCUAAAGCAGAAAUAACUUUUCUUUAUUAUAUUGGAGGAUCACGUCUCCAACCAAUCCUUUUGCACAAGGAGGAUAAGGAGGAGGAGCACAUCCUUAGAGAAACUGAGUAGUGAGUGAGCAGUGUCUGCACAUCACGUCACCCAGAGCAGAAGGGGGGGGGCAUGCUCACAAAACAGAUUUUACUUGGGAAGAGGAACACAAGCAGAUUAUUUUGGAAAACAUUGUAUUUUAAAAAUACUUGUGUUUCAGAUAUUUGCCUUAGGCUCUCACUAGAAAUAUUCUGGAACUAAACUGUGUUCUGCCCCCCCCUCUGAUGAGUACAACUUCCUCCAGCUGCCCCAGUCCAUGCUUGAGCAGCUGUGUCAGUAUUUUGCCUUCAAACAGAACUGGGCAAAAACUUUCCAGUAUAUAAUGCAGCUUCAUCAAAACCUCAACUUCCCCAGGGAUGAGAUUAGUUUGGAUAAGCUUGUGUUGAAAAGCACUUGACCCAGGCACGUAGAUUAAGGUUAAUGCAGAUGGUAAAACUGUCAUGGCAGGGCUUAAUUUUUCUGCAGACCUUGCAUGCUGCAGCCACGCUCCUCAUAACCAAAAGAACAGACACAAGGCAAUUCCAUGUGAGCCAAAGCUGGGGAAUUCCACAGGUUUUGGUCAAGACAAGGAUGGCUUAGCAGCACUGCACUGGCACACAGCCUCCCUUGGCACUGGAACCACUGGGGCACUCCUCACAGCCUUUUUGUCACACAAAAACGUGCUAUAAAAGUUCUUUGUAAAUCUUUGCUGUUUGACUUAAAAGAACCAAAAGCGUAGUUGUGAAAUGAUUGUUUUUAACUCAGUAUCUGAUUAAAAACCACUCUGGGCUCACUCAGGAGCCUGGUUCCCUGGUGAGAGGACUCUUCUCAGCUGACUCAAGUUCAUUAACACAGUAGUUCAACAACUAAACACCAGGCUUUCUUAGCAAGGCAUUUUUGGCUUAAUAUAACCAAAAAUACCAAUUGUUUUCAGUUUAUUUGCUUCCUGCUCAUAAUUUCCACUUACUGUACACAUUAAAGCCUAGAUGCAAUUUCAGAGUAGUUGACAAAGCCUGUAAUUCUGAGAAAAAAACAUCUCUGGACUGAACAAGGGUGAUUCUAAAGAUCCAGCGUGUCAAUGUUGGCUUUUAUUCAUGCAGUAUGUGUCAUCUGACCUGGAUGUGACAACAUUACAUUCAUAGAGGCAUUUUAUUUAUUUAUUACUUUAAACUUUCAUUGCAUGCACUUUCCUUGGCACUUAAAAGUCAAUGUUUAAAAAAACAUACUGGCUUAGGUGGUUAAAUGUGGACACAUGAAUAUAAAUAUGUCCUUGAAACCCAGUCAUGGGGCACAUUGUAGAAGAAAUCAGGGAUUCAUUUUGGCAUUGGGGGAUGGCCUUCAAGAAACGUGUUUGUGGCCUGUAGGUUAAUUACUUAAGAAAGUAUUUAAGUAUGUAAGUACUGGUCUGUUUUAGGACACCAUGGAUAAAAAAAGUGAUUUGUUAAGAAGUGAAAAUAAGGUCAAGCAUAAACUGUAUCUGGGGUUUAAAUAAAGAGGGAAAUUCCACUUUACAGAAAGGGAGCCAGGUGGAUAAUAUUCUGUAUCAAAUGGAACUUGAAAGAAAAGACAGGGAUAGAAUCAUUUAAAGGUUCUUCUCCUAAGUUACUGAAGCUAAGAGCCAACGUGGCAUUGUCAUCUUGUACCCACCUGUAGCAUUUUAUUACAACAACUCGUAACUAUGUAACCUGCUAUUUUUAUAUGAUCUGAAUAAUUUCUGUGGACUUUCCUUGCCAAGCAAAGCGUUUAAUUACCCCAUAGAGUCAGGACUCAUUGGCUACUACCUAAUGAUGUAGAAAGUUUACAACCUGAACACAAAAUGGUGUUUUGAUUUCUUAUUAGCUUACCUGCUUCAAAUAGACCAUUAAUAAAAAUGCCAUAAUGUUUAAAAAAUAUGAGUGGGAUUUUUUUUUUCCUUUCACUUCAGUAAAAGUGAAAAAGUCUGACACUUGGAAACUGAGUUGACUGUGUAGUUAGUGUGGGGAAAAAAAACCCAGAGAUAAUAUCAGAUAUUUCAGAGAUAUUUUAAAGACUAUUUGUGUUCUUCAGAAGAUAACUGCCUCCAAGUAAAGUACUUGUAAGCAGAAUUAAAACUGAUUCUGCAAAAAGAGGGCUGGUGAAUUUAUAUACAUGUAUUUUCACUUUUCAAAG